CAGGGACCCAGUCGGAGGCUCGGAGCUGAACUCUGUCCAGUGUGGACCUGCUAUGCAUGCAGUCUGUCAGUGUCACUUGUAUUACUAGUCUUCACUCUACAGUCGGUCAGCUGCGUCCCCGCCACAGCUAGCUAUCCACCCUCGAGCCUCCUACUAAUACACAGACUGUACUACAGUACAGCGCGCGUGGACUCGACUUCAAAAACUUCAUUGACCUGCAGACUGUGCCUGUUGCCAGUGUUGGCGUUGGUGCUUGCUUGUCGCAUAGCAGUGUAGAAGUUAGUUUUCUUUUGGAGUUGCGAUUUGGGUCGAGCACGUUCUGUUCAAGCUGUACAGGUUCAUUCUCCCUUCCUGCACCAGUGUGUUCUGUGUACGCUGUAUCGGAGGCCAACUCAACUGGCAGGAGUAAAAGGAAUCGUGAUCAGCUGUCUCUCGUGGUGAUAUCCUCCGCCAACAGUCAUGGCGACCUGUGGAACGGUCGGCUAUAUGGUGUCCAGCUUGGCGAAGGAGCUGCACGGCUUUCCGCACAAGAAUCGCAACUUGAAAACUGUCAGCGAUGAGUUUGACCCCACUGAACUCUCCUACUACGAGGGCGUCUUCUUCAGCGCCGGUCUCUUCCUGGUCAUCGGCUUCAUCUUGAUGGCGUUUGCCUGCAUCUACCUGUGUGUCAGGGCAUGCUGUUGUAACAAGGAGGCGCCACCAGGAAAGUCAAAAGGCUGCAAUCCCGUAUUCCUCCUCAUCUGCGUUUUGCUUUGCCUCGGUGGCUUGGUUCUGGGCUACUAUGGGAACGAGUUCACGCGGGACGGCAUGUUGGGAGUAGCGAGCUCAGUCAAGUCUGCCAACGGCACGGUGUCAUCUGCAAACACCAGGGUCAAUCUCAUCACAACUAACUUGACAGGGCAAUCACGGCUGCUUUACCGCUUGCAGCUGGAAAUAGGCAACUCGUCUGUACCAGAUCCGCAAAAGACAAAUUACGUUAAUCAGGCUAGCCAAGCUAGAGGUCAGGUGAACUCGGCAGCCGAUCAGUCCCGUGAGAUCAGCAGCUCUCUGGAAAGCGUACCGAACGUGGCCAAGUAUGCCGACGACCUGAAAAAAUACGAGGACUACAGGUGGAGGUCGACGAUUGGCGUGCUGUGCUACGUUCUUGGUAUUCUCUUGUUAGCCGUUCUGUGCGUCUUCUGCAAGUCUGUCUGCAUGCUACAAUUCAAUGUUUUCUUGACGCUGAUAGCACUGAUUGUGGCAUGGCUGUACGGCGGUGUCUUCAUCGGUGUUGGUGUGCUUGGCGGUGACUUCUGCGUUGAUCCAGAUGCCUAUAUCGACCGGGCCGUAUCGAAUUCCUCACGAGAACAAGUGGUCUACUUCACACGCUGUGGAAACUGCAGCAAUCCGUUUGAAAAUGACUUUAACACGGCGAGAGACAACCUGAAUCGCAGUAUUGUUCAGGUUGCUAGCCUGACUGCUGACGUUCAGGCUUACCGCAAUUUCACUUCCGAUAACUCCACUGAUCAAGCCCUGACAACACUUACUGAACUCCAGUACAGUCUUAGCGGUGUGGACGUCAUCCUGGUGAACCUCUUCAACCAGGACAUCAACUGCACUAACCUCAACAACGACUACAAUGAUCUUCUGACGUCAGCCUGCAAGAAAACACUCGAUGGAGCAGUAUUCACGUUUUCCGGCUGCUUUGUCCUGGGCGUGAUGCUGGUGAUGUUCAUUGUGGCCUCGCAACUCUACUGGACUAGGCUCAAGGACGAAGAUAAAGGCUGGUAACCAAUAGCAACAGGUAAUCGUCUGACCCGUAAACACUGCCUGCAAGGAUGGCAGCGAUUACGUGGUGCACUCGUACCCAAUGCAACGACGUCAUAACAAAACCUAACCCAGCAUUUGCAUCAUCAUCGCCGUGGCAACACCUCUCUCACCGUCACCACGAGAACCCCUACUCCAGCAUAGCACGAUGUAGCCAUAGAAACCACAAAAUGGAAUUAUUCAUUCGAGCGUGCCGUAUUAAUUUUUUUAGGAAAUAUUCCCCCCACCACUCUGCGCAAUGAAAUAGUAUGCAUGUGAUUCCCCCACCCCAUUGCUCUGCCGUAAUCUUGAACCAUCAUACAAUGUCUAUGCGUUGCAUAUGGGAGCAUGAGAUGCAAGCCGCAUUUUUUUUUUUUUUUACUCAAGCGCUCCCUGCUACUACGCCGCGAACCGUCUUUGCCUUUGAGAUAAAGAAGACGCCGUGAUUGGUGCCCGGCUAUGCCGCCGUGUGUGCGGUGUUACUUGUGGUGCGUUCUCUCCGCGCUGUGAGUCCUGAACAGACGGACUAGUACCGCCACCACCACCACCAGCUAGAGCCGUGCCCUUCAUGUUGCGCGCCGACUACGACUGCUUUCGCUUUCCUGUUCUGGAAGCUGAGUACCGGCUUGCUAUCGCACGUGGAAGCGUCAUCAUGCCCGUUCUGUUCAUUUACUCGCUGUGUUUAUUGUCUUGUUCUUAUUGGCAUGGGUCGUGUGAUCAGAGACAAUUCUAUGUGUUACUCGAAUGAAAUCUAAGAGAAAAUGUGAAAGAGACAAGAGAUAGAUGGCGUCUUUAUUUCUUUCGACCCCUUUUUCACAUUGUUGUGCGCCAUGUUGACGUCGUUGCAUUCUUGCUUUUUAACUAUCAUCACGCAGGCUGCAAUAGUGUUGGUUUGUCUAAGCAGGAAAAUGAUCCCAAUGUAUAUGUACAGACGUAGGCGUUCUUUUAGAAUCGAUACGAACAAGUAGCACUUAUGUAGACGUUCGCGCUGUAUGUGAUCUUCUGUACACUGACGACUGUGUACCCGAAUCUCAAAUUGAAUAAGACAGUAGUACUUAUGAUAUGUGGACUUUCGCAUUGUAUUGGAGUUUCUGUAUGCUGACUGUUUUGUGCAUGCUGACUGUUUUGUGCCCAAAUCUCAAAUUCUUUAUUCGUUGUUCCGCUGUUUUUUUUCUUCUCCAUAUUGAUGUGGCUAUACCGAACCUUAGCCUGAA